AUGGGUGGUGGUGCAUGGCCGUUCUUAGUUGGUGGGUUGCCUUGUCAGGUUGAUUCCGGUAACGAACGAGACCUCAGCCUGCUAACUAGUCACGAUUGUAUGAUUGCAAUUAUUCAUCUUCAACGAGGAAUGCCUAGUAAGCGCGAGUCAUCAGCUCGCGUUGAUUACGUCCCUGCCCUUUGUACACACCGCCCGUCGCUCCUACCGAUUGGGUGUGCUGGUGAAGCGUUCGGAUUGGCGGCAGUGCGCGGUUCGCCGCUCGCUGCAGCCGAGAAGUUCGUGAACCUGCGGAAGGAUCAUUGCAUCGAUCAAACACAAACCGCGAACCAACGUAUCCCCGCAGGCGGCCCCGCCCGGGCCGCCUGUGCGCCUGUCCCUGAUCGGCGCCCCGGUUCUCGGGGACCGGUCAGGUCUGGCGGGCUGGGGAGGCCUCUUCCCUUCACCGGGAAGGACCGAACCCGGUCGGCAAAACCCCCAAUCAAAUCCACAACCCGAAACAUCCUAAAGAUAUUGACGGCCGCCCUGUGCGGACGUCGCCAACCAAAGACAACUCUCAACAACGGAUAUCUUGGCUCCCGUAUCGAUGAAGAACGCAGCGAAAUGCGAUACGUAGUGCUCCGGCCAAGAGUAUGUCUGCCUCAGCGUCGGCUUUACCCUCACCCCCCCAAUCGGGGGCGUGGACCUGGCAGUCCCGGUCGGCAACGACCGGGUCCGCUGAAGACCAGAGGCUCGAGCAAGGACCCACAUGGGAAAACAUCUAGAGAGGUGUUCUCUGCGGCGGGCCGUGCCCAAGUCCCUUGGAAGGGGGCGUCCGAGAGGGUGAGAACCCCGUCGGCCACGGUCUUAGCCGCUCCACGAGGCGCUUUCGCAGAGUCGGGUUGUUUGGGAAUGCAGCCCAAAGCAGGUGGUAAGUCCCAUCUAAGGCUAAAUACUGACGGGAGACCGAUAGCGAACAAGUACCGCGAGGGAAAGAUGAAAAGAACUUUGAAAAGAGAGUUAAAAAGUGCUUGA